AAAUUCUCACCGCUGGGAACACGGACAAGUCUUUAGUUACCGUGGAGCUUAGUGCUUAGUACUUCGUCCUUCGAUAGCGCAUUCCCCGAGUUCAUAGCGCAUCCGAGCGUUUCGGGAAGCCUGCAUGACGCAGUCAUACACCGACAAGAGUGGACCUCCGUUACAUGGAAUAUAGUUAGCCUAUGUACAGAGGACAUCUAAGCCGUCCGUUCGCAUCGGUGUGGGCCGUAAGGGGCCCAUACUGAAAUUGGGACGUCCAGUUAUGGGGUAUAUAAGACCAUCGCGACAGCCUCAUCUACCUCAGCAGAAAAUCUUUUCACUCAAGUUUACAAUCUUCCAAUCUUCGAGUGAAAAUACUAUGGUGCAGAUCGCAGUUGCUAGCGCGUCGAACGUCGGCAUGCAGGUCAUCGAGGCUCUCCUCGCUCGAAAGAAACAUCAGAUUAUUGUUCUAUAUCGCUCAGAGAUACCUGCUGGUUCAAUUCAACACCCAGAUCUCACCUAUGUCAAGGUGAACUUUCAAGACAAGAAGCAACUUACGGAUGCCCUUCGUGGCGUUCAUACCAUGCUAUCGUUCAUCAUUGCACACAAGGACCCUGGCAGUGUCUCGCAGAAGAAUCUUAUUGAUGCUGCUAUCGAGGCUGGCGUGAAACGGUUUGCGCCUAGCGAAUGGGGAUGCUCCAAUCCUGAAGGCAUUCCCUGGUAUGCGGAAAAGGUGGUUAUAAGAAAGUAUCUUGAAGAAGUGAACAAAGAGAAGAAGGUCAUCGAGUACAGUCUGUUCCAAUGUGGUCAUUUCGCCGACUACCUUGCGUUCCCCCACAGGACCGCCAAGCAACUUUUGCCGUUAAAUAUGCAUUACGACUUCCAUAACUGUCGGGCUAUCGUGGUUGAGGGCCGCGAACACAUUGACUCUAUCUCACUCAUCACGGUCUUCGAUCUUGCCAAUGUGGUGGCCGAGGCUAUUGAAUACGAGGGCGAGUGGCCUGUUCAAGGUGGCGUCCUAGGUACCACAGUCACCCCAGCGCAGAUAUUGGAGCUUGGGGAAAAGAUUAGAGAUCGGCCAUUCACUGUGGAGAAGGUGACACUAGAGGACCUCGAAACCGGGGUGGUGGAAACCUCUUGGGUUCCUCUGAUGACCCAUCCUGCUAUACCCACGGACAAAGUCCUGCCCUAUUCAAAGUCCGCUUUGCAGCGCACUCUGAUUGGUAUGUCGAAGGGCGCAUUCACUGUGGGGGAUGGUUGGAACAAGCUCCUGCCCUCCUAUCGUUUCAUUCCUCUUGAAGGUUUCCUUUACACCGUGUGGGCCGGGGAAAGCAGGAAGGCUCUUAGUAGUACCGAUUGAAACCCAAGUUAGUCGCCGACCUCCAAGUAUCUAACAACACACUAGGAAUGUAUUCAGAUAUGUCUCCAUUCAAAUUUUGUAGAU